GGGGCCUUGCGGGCUGGGCCGGGCAGAAUAACUCUAUAUAGUAUGAGAUUAAGAAGUGACGUUUAACACCCAUACCGCCCGGUCUCUGGACUCCCCCACCCCGGCGUGUGCGCCCCCGGGGGUCUGGUGUGUUGGCGCUCCCAGGCCACCGCCCCUCCCGGCCUCCCCCGCGCCAGCAAUUCCUCGCACACGUGCAGCCCCGCGCUGCUUCCGGGUUCCCGCAGAGUGAGCUGCUCUGCGGCCGGCGGCGGUGGCAUACCAUGGCGGAGGAUGAGGAGGCGGCGGCCCGGAAUCUGCUGGCGGCUGUGAUACGUGACCUCGCCGGGCCAGAGGGGCAGCCGAGGCCACAGAACCGGAGCGUGAGCCGUGACGAGGCCGAGGGGGAGCUGUCCGAGGCCGCUCUGCGGCUGGUGGGGGGCAGGGGUGGUCCAGCUUGGCUGGCUGCUUCUCUAGUCAGGGCUGCCGUCCACCAGACACUGCAGAGUGGCUUGGCCUCUUUUGUGGAAAGGGAUCAGGACCUUGUUGAGGGAACGCAAGAUGAUCCAGGGAAUACAGAUCUCCUCAGUUUAGAUGUCCUAUUACAACACUGCCUUAAGUGUUUGCAUGACAUCAGCAGCCAGUGGCAGAAACGGCUGCCUUCAACACCAACCACUAAGCGCCAGACCUACAUAUCUAUUCAUGCAAUUCGCAACACACGAAGGAAAAUGGAAGAUCGCCACGUUUCACUUCUGGAGUUCAACCAGCUUUUCGGCAUUACGGAUGGUGUGGAGCGAUCAUUCUUUGCUGUUUUUGAUGGGCACGGUGGGUUGGAUGCUGCCAAUUAUGCUGCUACCCAUGUCCAUGUGAUGGUGGCUCAUCAUGAAGCAUUGCCAUCAGACCCAGCUCGAGCCCUGAAGGAAGCUUUUCAACGCACAGAUGCUAUGUUCUUGAAGAGAGCAAAAAGAAUGAGAUUGCGUAGUGGUACCACUGGGGUGUGUGCCCUACUGGAGGGUGAUCGGCUACAUGUGGCUUGGUUAGGAGACUCCCAAGCUUUUCUUGUACAACAAGGGAAUCCAGUAACACUCAUGGAGCCCCACAAGCCAGAGAGAGAGGAUGAACGUGAAAGAAUAGAGUCUCUGGGCGGCUGCGUUACUUUUAUGGGAUGCUGGCGAGUUAACGGGACCCUUGCUGUAUCCAGAGCCAUCGGUGACAUUGACCAAAAGCCAUACGUGUCUGGAGAAGGUGAUGUAACUUCCCACCACCUAAGUGGUUUAGAGGACUUUUUGGUCUUGGCUUGCGAUGGUUUUUACGAUGCUGUGUCGCCAUCUGAGGCACCUGGCCUUGUUCUAGGCCACCUUCGGGAGAAUGGUGGAGAUUGGCAACACGUCGCGCAGAGGCUUGUCACAGCUGCUAAAGAGGGUGGCUCUAGUGACAAUAUCACAGUGCUGGUGGUCUUCCUACAGGAACCGGCAAAAAUCCUAGAGGAUUUUUUGGCACAUGGUAAUAGGGAUGAUGAACCAUUGUUUGAUUUUGGAGGUGGGGGAGUAGAGGUUGUGUCAGACAAUGCUGGUUGAUGAAUCCUUUUUUGCUGAUGUGAAAAUCUCAGGAUAUUUUGUAAGGGAAAGCGGUAGAGUAUUUCACCAUCCAACCCCUCACAUGAGGUCAUGCCUCAACUGUUCAAUCUAGAACAUUCUAAAUUCUUAGCCAAGAAUUGUCCUUAACCAGCUUUUCAAUGUUAAAACAAUCGGGGGUAAAGUUACUAAGAUGGGAGUUCUAUUUAAGAUGGGAUGUUGCCUAUAGCAAACUAUCGGGUUCCAGGUAUUAUCUUCUAGAAGGCGCUAGAUAAAUGAGAAGUAGAUUCUGAUUGGUUGCCAUGGGCAACAUCCCAUCUUAAAUAGGACUCCCUACUUAGUAAAUUUACUCCUCAGAGAGGUAUCCCUAUUAUACUGAAGGAGUUUAAAGGGACAACAAUUUAAGACAAUUACUACACUACAAUUUUAGAAAAAGGAAAUACUGGAUAUAGUUAAUCAUGAUAUUAUGCUGGUUUAGUCGUUGCUAUGACUGAAUCUUCUGUUCAUGUUUACAGCAUUACAUUUGCUGUAUGAAGUUCUCGGACUGCACAGUGAUGAUCUACAGUUAGUCAGUGCUAUUUGUAAUAUCACUGACUAAUCGCUACUUUAAUUUUACUGUAUGUCAUGUUCUUUUUUGGGGUUUGCAGCUCUAAAAUAAGUGUUCCAGAUGUUUAAGAGUGCCUAAUACAACAUGAAAAUGAUUUCAUUUUAUUAUUUCAUGCAUUGAAAAAAAAAAAAAUCAAAGCACAAAAAGUGUCUCUAGCACAUAAAAACCUACAUUAAAUAGAGGAUAAUCUCCUCCUUGUGCCAGUCUGACGCAUUUUCUGGACAAGGUCCAAUUUAGUCUUAACGUUUCAAUAGGGUGCUCCUGAUGCAAACAUACAGAAGUCUAAAGGUGCAUACACACUAGGCGACGUCGCUCUAUGAGCGACAUCGCCUAGUGUUUGCCCCAGCCGGGCAGUGGUGGCAGUGCAUACACACUGAGCAAUAUGACGACCAUAUCGCCCAGUGACGUCACGCCGCGGCAGGGCCAUGCAGACAGCUCUUGGGCGACGACCCAAAUUGAGCAAGCAUGCACCACAGACACCGUGGGUCGUUAAUGACCCAUGGUGCCGCGCAUCGGUUGUCGUCGCCAGCAUACACACUUGCCUAGAAAGUGAACGACGUUGCUCAGGAAGGGUGAAAAUGAACGACGUUAUUUAUUUUUUCGGCAAGUGCGUAUGCACCUUUAGUGGUGUCCGUAUAUGCAGACAAUGAAAGGCAUUAUUAAUGAAAGUUAUAAUUCCUUUUAAUUGUGACUGCUGUGUAGUUGUUGGCCAGCUUCAAUGCUUUUAACAGAUACAAAUGAGUUUUAUUCUGAUAGCCAAUUCAAACUUACAGAAUUUUGUAUCUUUUCCAGUACUUUACUGAGUUAUCUGCACAGUCACUACACAUUUCACUGGUGUGUGAACAGAGCUGUACUGAUGAUGAAAUCCUGCUUGCAUGCAACUUUCUUAUAGCAACUAAACUAUAACUAGCACCUUUUUUUCCACCUUUUUUUUAAUGUGGAACAAGGUGAAUUUGAAGGCGCUGCAUCUUAUGCUUAUUGUGGCAACAGCAUUGCUGUAAAACAAAACCUAUAUCUCAUUCCUUUGGUAAAUUGCAUACAAACCUUACAGGGUCACUCCAUGAAAAUGGUCUUUUUAUGUAACGUUUGUUACCAUGACAAGCUUUGCAUCAAAAUGAAAGCAUAUCAUGUGCCACACAAACAACAUUUACUUUGCAUAAAAUAUUCAAAACACAUGGUCAAAAAAAUAUAUUUCACAUGAAAUAUAUUUCAAAAUAUAACGUUUGUUACCAUGGAAUGACCGUACAGAGCUUCAUCCUUGCAUCCAGUAAUUACUGCAGCUCUUGCGCCUGACCAUUACCCACAGCAAUGCUGACAUGAUUUACUAAUGUUUUGCUUCUAUUUAUAAAUAAGUAACUUUUAUGGUGUGGUUCUUUACAGUAUUACUCUCCUACGGGCCCCUGCACACACCUUAUUUUUAUUCAUAUGUGGCCCACUUCACUUACCAUCAAAUGAUAAAUACAGCUGUUUAUUUUCAUCAUAAAGGGAGUGCCUAUCGCUCUAUAAAUAGUUUUAUUGUUGUGAAUCUUGUCUGUUGUGUCUAUUUAAACAUGUUUUUGAAUUUACAGUGUUAAUGUUUUAUACAGGUAAAGCUACAAUUUUAUUUUGUAAUAUUCCGUUCUCUGCAUUGACAUUUGCCUGUCUCAGGACUUACUAGUUGUCUGUGAGUUGGAGGGAUAUGAGUUCCAGAAAGAGACAAUUGUUAUUGAUAAAGCUACAUAUUCGGUUCAGUAUUGUAAUCCGCCUUUUGUAUACCCUCUAUGUACCCAUAAGUUUUGUACAAAUAAAUGUUUUUUUAUAUCUGUAA